ACAGGCUCGAACACCAGCUUCGACACUUGCAGUAUUUGUACUGAAAAGUUUAACCAUCCAAAACGUCUGCCAUGUUUCCACAUGUUCUGCCUGGGAUGUCUAUAGCAGUUUGUGUCCUCAUCAUCCAAGGGCAGAGAGUUCCCCUGUCCUGUGUGUUGGUAUCAGGUGACCUUAACCGAGGAGUGAGUGACGGGUUUUCUGACUAACGCCUACUGAGACCAGGGCGGAAAAGCAAGUCCACAGUGGAGGUGAGUGUUGUGGGGUGUGAGAGCAGCGUGCGACUCACUGGUGUCGUGAGUGUGAAAUACUGCUGUGUCAUACGUGCACAAAAUAUCACCGAAUUCUUCCAGCCACAAGAUCUCAUUUGUUAAUUAAUCUGAGUGAUUUCUGGCCGAAACAUGUCUAUGCAGAAAUAUUGUGAAAUACAUAAGGAUGAGAAACUGGGAUUUUAUUGUGAGGCGUGUAAUAAAGUGAUUUGCCGAGACUGUAAACUAACAUACCAUGAAGGUCAUAAGACAAAAGACAUCACCGAUGUUGCUGAAAAAGCUCGAACUAGCUUAGCGAAAAAGAAAGUAGAACUAGAAACGAUUACAGAAACAACAAAACAAUCGAUUGACCACAUAGAUUGUGACAACAAUACUGAAACGUCUGAAGAUAUAAAUCAUGUUAUAGAAGAAAUAAACAAACUUGUCGAUUCACUGACUGAUACGAUAAACACUGAGCGGCGUAAAUGGAAAGACAAAGUGAGAGACAUACGGGAAUCAUACGGAAAGAAAUGUUCAGUUGAAAAGUAUAGAUUAAAACAAAGACAACGUUUUCUCCAGAGUCAGAUUGAUCACACGGACGCCAUGUUGAAAGAUGGACUUGACUGUGACGUGUUGACAGCUGACAGGGAGAUAAAACAACGACUCGCAGAGAUAAAGAAAGACAAACAGUUUGACUCAGAUUUUAAAUCUUUGAAGUCUGACAUUACGAAUUUAACCACAAGUGUGCUGGAUGUUGUCAGGUGUGCAGUCCGUAACGCCAGGAGGCAUGCGUUCCCAUUUGCAUGUGAACCUGAACCACUGGAAUGGAUAAAAUCAUAUCAGUAUAUUGAUUAUUAUAUGCCCUUGUAUUCAAUUACUUUCACGAAAACACAAAAUGUACUGAUUUCAUAUUGUACAAAAGGUAAUAAAUUUCUUGGUCUUUUUAAAAACACUUCCCAAAAACAAACCAAAAUUGGAAUUGAUCUGGAUGAGUUAAGAAAUGAAGGAAUUCAUGGUGUGAUAGAGAAACACAACAAAGAGAACCCAGACAACAAAAUACCUGCAGAUGAUUACACAGACCUGAAGAAAUCAUUUCCGUACAAGGACACCAAUGACAAUGGUGACAUGUGCCAUGUUCUCAAGGAACACAACUGGGUUGGUAUUCAAACUGUCAGCGGAGAGGUCCGAACACUGACCUUCAACCCAUUUGCUGAACCAGGACAGGAGUUCAGACCUGUAGAUGUGUGCUGGGGAAACAAUCAGGAAAUCUAUAUUGUGGACAGUGGGUCUGGUGUGAUUGUUGUGUACAGUCUUCAACAUGGAUUUCAGAAGUCACUUACAACACCCUACAUAUUUACUUUGAUCACAGCUGUAGAGGUGAACACAGACGGAAAACUCUGGGUUGGUGAUUCAUGCGGAAAGAUUACUGUUUACAGUAUAGACUGAUUGCUAAAUAAUGUCAAGUGUUGUUUGGCUUUCUAAAGAACGUGUUUUUUAUCUUUAGUUUCUCGACACCUGUUUAUAAUGUACUUUUUCUGGACGUGGUGAAUUGACAGUUCCUGUCGUUAUAGCUGUGGACUAGAAAACAAUACAAUGAAACAGUAUUAUGUACACCUUGACUACAAAACAACCAUGCCAUGAAAUACGAAUAUUACCUUAUAUCAAAAUGAACACAUUAUUAAAUUGAUGUUAUCGUCUAUGAUUUCAAUAAGUAAUUUCUCUAAUAACGUACUUGAUAUUUUGUAAACCAUACAUAGUUCUCAUCCUGAUUGAUUCGAGCUCUUUCUAUUUAUAACAAAUCUGUAUAUUUCCAAUACUUUCCUGAAUAAUCUCAUUCGUUGUCUGUCCUUUUUCUACUUAUGUUUGGUUUCUUAAUUUUAUUCUUGAUAUUUGUACUUCUUAUACUAACAUCUUCUAGCACACUAUUAGCACUUUAAUCAGCCAUUCUAUGAAUCAGAUUAUUGAUGGGUAAAGUUACAGGAACUAUAAUUCAGAUCCAUUAAUUUUCCAAACAGUGGCAUGAGACCAUAUAAUAUUGUAAUGUUUAGGCUUGGAUUUUAUAGUUAAUAUGACGUUAUGUAAUAUUUGGGGAGGGGUUAAAAAAUAAUAAUGUUAUAUUGUAUUUUAGGAUACCGUUUGAGAAGAUAAUUAAGUUAGAAUUAUUUAUUUUAUAUACGUAAUUUUUGUUGUAGCGAUGUAUAAUUUUCGGCAAUAUUCGGCUAUAAUUAAGUUUGUCGUUAAUCUUCGUUAUUUCUACGAAGAAUUGUUAGGAUAGGUUAACCAAUCGUCAUGUCCGAUUAAUGUCAUGUCAUUAAUUUGGACCAAUGAGAGCCAUUCCAUGUAUUAAUGCUAGAUUUGUCCAUCCGUUUACUCACUUCUGAUGGUUCAACCACAGGUAUAACAUGUGUGUAUGUUGAUUGUGUUUUUUAUGUGUAGAUUUUGAAUGGCUUUCUCUCACUCUGUUAAUAUUCCAAAUUGUUUUUAGAUUUAUUAUGUAAGAACCGACAAUGAUAAGCUAUUUAUUUAUUGUGUAAUUCAUUAACCAAAUGGUAGUGUAUUUUUGUUAGUUGUCACCGUCUCGCAUUGCAUUACCGUAAACCUUAAAAUUAUUGUUAGGCAUAUUUUGUAUUGACACUUGAGAGGUUACUAAAAUAUUUUUGAAAGGAGAUUAUUGGAAUUUCAGAGAGAGGAAUUGAGUGAAAGAAAUAUUAUUUCCGUCUCGUAAAUUUCCAAGUAUUCCACGUUUGGGAAUCUUGUGGUUUCACGAGUGGGAAUGAAUGUUUAGGUACGUCUUCGAUGUUUGCGAUUGAUUUUCAUUCUCUUAGAAUAAACAAAUAGUAAUCCAUAUUGGGAUUCUUAUUGUUUUAUUGGCGGAGAACUGAAUGGUGGCCGAGUUGAGGGAAAUUUGAAUAACUGUUAUGUAACCUGGAUCUCUCAAUGUCAAUCCUGAAAUCUAUUAAAAUCUUAAUUAUUUUGCUGGUUAACUGUAAUUGAUUUUUAUGAUCUACUGAAACCCUUAAAUAAACACUGAA